UAUGAAGAUAUAAAUAGCCACAAUUCGUCUUAAUUACAGAAAUUGUUUCUUUUUGAAUUAAAGAAGUUUUAAAAAGAAAAUUACUGAAUGCUCUAGUAUACGGAUUAAAUUUCGUCUCAAAAAUAACUAUUCUGGACGAGUGGAAAACUUAUAUAAAUCCAGCUAAAAGCUAAGCAAUUGGGAAUCAAUUUAUGUGGUCACCUGUAAACUGCUGAAAGUAUGUUCAGUUGGAAAUUAUUACUGCUUGGACUAGUAGUUCACUUAAUUCUCUUUUGUUCCAUAUUCGAUAUCUACUUUAAAUCUCCAAUUGUUCAUGGUAUGACACCACAUUCCAGUCCCACGUCACCUCCUGCUAAACGCCUUGUGUUGUUUGUUGCUGAUGGCUUACGAGCCGAUAAGUUCUAUGAAUUACAAGAUGGCAAAUCAAGAUCACCAUUUAUAAGAAGUAUCAUUGAAAAGAAUGGUUCAUUUGGCAUCUCACAUACCAGAGUCCCAACAGAAUCUCGUCCUGGGCAUGUGGCUAUCAUUGCAGGAUUUUAUGAAGAUGUUAGUUCCAUUGCUAAAGGUUGGAAAGAGAACCCAGUAGAGUUUGACUCGGUUUUUAACGAAAGCUUUUCCACCUGGUGUUGGGGCAGCCCCGAUAUACUUCCAAUAUUUGCUAAAGGAGAUUCCUACGAACACAUUUAUAUGACAAUGUAUGCAGAGAAAGAAAUAGAUUUCGGUGGCACUGACCCAUCCAGGCUUGACACCUAUGUGUUCUCCAGUGUUAAGAAUUUCUUUCAUCAAGCCAAGGAAGACUCAAACCUUAUGAAGAAGUUGAUGAGUGAUAAAAUCGUUUUCUUCUUACAUUUGUUGGGUAUUGACACAAAUGGACAUUCUCAUCAUCCACAUUCAAAAGAAUACAUAAAAAAUAUCCAAAUUGUUGAUGAAGGAAUCAAAGAAAUGGUUCAUGUUAUUGAUAACUUUUAUAACAAAGAUGGCAAAACAGCCUAUAUUUUCACUUCGGAUCAUGGUAUGACUAACUGGGGUUCCCAUGGAGCUGGUAAUCCAGAUGAGACAUUGACUCCAUUAGUUGCAUGGGGUGCAGGGAUCCGGACACCAAUGCCCGCUGGAAAACACUCAGACUUUACUGAUAAUUUCUCUGAAGAUUGGUUUCUUAGUCAUCUUUUAAGAAAUGAUGUUGAACAGGCUGACAUUGCUCCUUUGAUGUCUUCACUGAUCGGUGUCCCUUUCCCAAUGAACUCCGUGGGAAAAUUACCUCUAGAAUACCUGAGUGGUGAUCUUGGCUAUAAAGCAGAGAAUCUGCUUACCAAUGCUAAACAAAUCCUUGCCCAGUACACAGUAAAGAUGAUGCUUGCCCAAAAUACUUCUCUUUCCAUGACAUUUAAACCAUUCAGUGAAUUAACCUCUUCAAUACAGGCUGAGAAAAUUCAACAUAUCCACAAUCUGAUCUAUGCUGGCCAAUAUGAAGAAGCAAUUGUAGAAGGGAACAGAUUAAUAGAUCUCAGUUUGAAAGGGCUACAGUAUUAUCAAACAUAUAACAGAAUGUUAUUGGGUACGAGUGUGUCUUUCAGUUUUGUUGGCUGGAUGCUUUUUGUCGCCUGCCUUUUGUUACAAAAGCAUUCUGGUUUGAUGACGACAAGUUUCCAAAUGCACAUUAUGAACUUGCGUUGGUGGCCAAUGAAGAAUUCCAUUGACAUUAGUAUUCUUGUAAUCAUAUGUGUUAUUAUUGGUUUCCUCUUUGUGACGUCAUCGCCUCUCAUGUAUUACAUGUACUUGCUUUUACCAGUUCUAAUCUGGAGAAGUGUUAUUCACAGGAAAGAUAUUGUAUUUGCUGCUGUCAAGGCUGCUUAUGAAAAUCGUAUUCUCCACUCAAUUGGACUGGAAUUGAUUGUUACUUUUAUAGGGUUGGAGAUUUUGGUCUACAGCUUCUUUGAGAGGAAAGCAAUUGCUAUUGGUCUCAUCUUGAUGGCCCUGUGGGCACCACUUUCCUUUUACUGGCAAAAUAAUAAGCUCCCAAUUUUAGGCUGGGUUACUUCCUGCCUAGCACUUGCCGUUUUCCCUCUCCUGCCAACAGUGAACAAAGAUAGAAAUUACAAAUUAGUGACAGCAGCUGGAGUGAUAGCUAUUUUCUUGGGGUUAUACAGUCUACAUAAAAUGUUUCCAAGAGAGUCUUUAAUGAAAACGAGAAAGUUUGGACUUUUCCAGGUUUUCUUAAUUGGAUUAGCUGUCUAUACUGUGCAUUCAACUGCUAAUAAUCUUGCAGUUAAUCAAGGAUUACAACCAAUUAACCAAUGCAUAAGUUGGCUAUUAUUAGGUUCCACGUUUCUUUUGCCGCUCUUCAGCAGCCAGCUUGUUAUUGAACGUCUUCACUCUAUCCUCCUUUCCUUGUACACAUUAUAUACAUUGAUGAGCACAUCUCACGAAUGUCUUUUCAUUCUUUCUUUUUGUUGUUCGCUUUUCUUCUGGGUGUGGUUGGAAAGUAUUGUCACCCCUUCACUGCACUUCCAACUGGAUGAUGUAAGUAUUGCUUCAGAUAUUUCACACUUAUUCCUUAACAGUUUAGCAUUUAAACCAGCCAUGUCUAGCGGCCCAGAUAUUCCACCUGUUUUAUGUUCAAACUGGCCAGGUAAUCAUGUAUCUCCUUUGCAGCAACACACCUGUUUCUCUCUUUUUUUUCUUCAGAUAUUUUUCAUGUAUACAGCAUUUUUUGGAACCGGUAACAUUGCCAGUAUAAACAGCUUUGAUCCUGCAUCAGUUUAUUGUUUCUUCACAGUGUUCCAUCCUUUCUCUAUGGGAACUCUCUUACUGCUUAAGGUUGCUUUACCAUUCUUCAUUGUGGUCUGUGCUCUGGACACUCUCUGCAUCAGCACCAAUACAUCAAAAACUAUUUUAUUCUUGAAUGUUUUAAUUAUCUCGGAUGUGAUGGGGUUGCAAUUUUUCUUCCUGGUACAAGACUUUGGAAGCUGGUUGGAGAUAGGCAGCAGCAUCAGUCACUAUGUAAUUGCUAUGACUAUCAUAAUAUUUAUUUUGUUGUUGGAUGCCAUCUGUCACUGCUUCACAACACUACGCAUCCCUCUCGCUACCUUCAAAACAGCAUAAAAAUCGUCGCCACCACCACUUGUCCACAAUAUUGAAAUGUUGGAUGAUGAUGAUGGAAUCCUGGUGUUGAUGGUAUUUCAAAGUAUUUUUAUUACCUCGGUUUUAUGAUUGUUAGUCAUUUCAUUCCAUUGGAAUAAUUAAGCCGUGCUUUUUAUUUUUGCUGUUAUUGGUUUCAACUCCUUUCCCUGGCUCCAGCCCCUUUUUUGUUGAGAAGCUUUACAACUCCCUCAAUUAACUCACAUGGGAUGUCUAUCUCAUUAUGUUAAUAUUAUGCAUGUGACUGUGUAUGGUAUGUGUGUAGGGGGGUUUACAUAGAGGUCCAAGUACCGGAUGUACAAGCCUUCCAACAGGGACACAGGUGCUGAAUAUGUAGUUUAGAGGGUCUGAGAGUUGGUUCACUAUUUGUCAGGGUGGUUAGUAGCAGAGCAGACAAUGUUUUCGUAUCUUCAUAAUGAUUUUGAAGCUGAGAAAUUUCUCUUGAAGUCCUUAAAGGAAAUAUUUCUUUCUAAAACGGAAGACUUUGAAUAAUUUCAAUAAAUUAUAAUCUUAUGGCUGUGGAUAAACGAUCAAAUAGAGAUAUUUAAAAAAAAAAAAAAUGGGGGGGUGCUUCACUACGCUUUUAUACAACUUUUAUUAUUAUUUAUGCCGAAAAAGCAGCAAACUGGCAGAAUCAUUAGCACGCUGGACGAAAUGCUUAGCAGUAUUUCCCCUGUCACUGUUCUGAGUUCAAACCCUGCCGAGGUCAACUUUGCCUUUCAUCGUUUCAGGGUCGAUUAAAUAAGUACCAGUUAUACACUGGGGUCAAUGAAUCGACUUAAUCCCUUCCCCCAAAUUUGAAGCCUUAUCCUUUCCAGUGGAAAGAAUUCAUCAUCGUCGUCCAGUCUUCCAUGCAUGCCUGGAAGACUGGAUGUUAAACAAUGAUGAUGAUGAUGAUAUAUGUGUGAGUGUAUAUAUGUGUGUAUGUCAAUGUCCCACACUUGUCACUGCUCAAACAAAACUGAUAAAAUUGACAUUAUCGCCAGUCCCCCCCACUUUCACUUUCAAAAUCUUGUGGAAUGAAAUCUCUUACUUGAAAGGAUAAAUGAAUAUUGAACAAACGAACUCUUGUUCCUUUAAGUUAUGCAACAUUUCUGAUGACAGCUUCAACUGCAGUUCUCCAGUAAUUCUUAUUGAUAAUUGCCUGACACACACAGUGUGUGUGUGGCUCCCUUUUAUGCUGUUGGUAGUGUGAAAUAGUCUGGUCAAGUAGCACUUAUGAUCGGACACAUUCCAUUCCGGCCCUUAUCAACAGACAGUGUUUUCAGAGAUAAAAUGACCUGAAAUAAACUAUCCCCUACCUCUCCCACCCAUGAUUUUACUGCUAUGGCCCUGUUAGGUUGUCCAGCUGUGUAUUUACUUACCCCCCCACCCUGGUAUCACUCCCCAUUUCCAAUCUCUUAUUUACCAAGGUCACUUCUAAGACAUGCAGAUGUUUGUCAACUUCCAUUUAAGAUAUAUUAAAUAUAUAUUUUUGUAAAUAUAAUUAUUUUCGUAAAUUAAUUUUGAUUGCAUUAAAAUACUUUCAAUUCUCUGAGUUAAUUAAAUUAAAAAAAAGACUGAAACGGGAGGAAAGAAAUUUGUGAAAUUGAUGAAUUUUACUUAAAGAUCAAGAGUGAAAUUUAUGGUUAUUUACAAAGAAUGGAUUUUUCCUGCAGUUUUUCUUGCGGAGUUCUGAAUAAAAUUUGCAACUGUCUUUAUGUUAA